CAAAUGUUAUGCAACGUCUCAAAGUAGCCUGGAUCUGGUAAUCACCCAAUCAGCUUUGCCUGAUUAAUUUCUCAAUAUAGCCACUAAAAUUUGAUUGGAUCAAUUAUUCAUGAACAAAAAAACAUGUGUUCUGAUUGGUCAGGUUACGAAAAUGAUUUUCCGCCUAUUGCUCUGUUUCUGUGACCUGAUUUCAUAAUUGUAAAGCUCAUGAAAGGUUUAAAUGCGUCUGUGGUUUUUAGUAAUAACAAGUUCUAUUGAAUCAAUGGCAUACAUGUGAUUAUGCCCAUACAGCAUUUUUAGGUAGCAACUGUUGUCAGAUGGAUUGUUUAUAUCACAUAACACCGGGUAGUGAUAUAUCCUAGCGGCGUCCUAGGUGAUACAGUUAUAGAGGUAACAAGGUACACAGCGGUAAUCUGUAAGGGUCUGUUGAAGCACAAGUGAACUCGAAUCAUUUGAGAAAGCUAGCAGAGGCUUUAAAAGCAGGAAAAACAUUCGAAAAUGGGUGCACCAAUCGCGAGAGGACAUGGGAUCGGAGCCAUUGUAAUUGGCGCUUUGGAGAUACUGUUUGGCCUAAUCAUCAUGAUCUGCAGUUUCGUCGUCGGAGGCAAAAUAGCUGGUAACGCGUCAUUAUCGCCCUACUGGGCGGGAAUCCCGUAUCUGAUUCCUGGGAUAUUAGGAAUUGUCUCUGGUGUGACAAAGAACUUUUGUGCCAUGGUUGCUUUCAUGGUUUUGAACAUCAUUUGUUUCAUAAUCGACGGUAUUGCCGCCAUAUUGAUGUUCCUCAUAAUCGGAAUUUGGGCCUCGAUUGUAUCUGAGCUUACAAAUAACUGUUCCAACAGAACCAUCCUUGGCAAAAACUGGUGUUACUGUUCUCAUAAUGGCGCGGUUUAUAAAUACCAAGUUGACAGCUGCAGCACAAUAAAAACUAUUGUUUCUCUGCUCUGGUGUAUUGUCGUGUUCGCCAUCUUUGCGGCCAUAGUUGCUUUGGCAGGAUCCAUUCUCGGUUGCAUUGCAACAUGUUGUAGGGGCAGUCAAAACACAACAGUUAUUGUGCAGGCCCCAGGAACUGUGGUUCAACCUGGCCAACAACAAAAUGCUCCACCAUCUUACCCUAUGAGUUAAAAGUUGAGGGAUUACACGCGCUUUCCCUCGUUUUUCUGCACAAUUGUCGUAUAUCGAUACUCACCGAAAGACUUCGCAACUGAAUAAUGUUUGAACUGUAAAACCUUUGAAUGCUAUAAGUAUAACUCUUAAGAUACAUGCAGGAAUUGCUAACAUUCCCCUGCCCCACUUCCCCAAUUUUCUCUCAAAAGUAUCAGCUUUAUGAUUUUCCUUCAAGUUACCCCAUCAUACUCCACUAACAGCUGCCCCUUUUUCAAAUACAAUGGUUUUCUCAAAUGAUAUCUGUUUACAAAUCUUUGUGUUGCUGUGUAUGCACUAAUCUUGUUCAUAGAUCAGUGUGUGUAUGUCUCGGAAUUGUCUAGUUUACAUACUGCUCGACCUGAUAGUCAUAAAUAAGCAUGGUUAAUAGUCAUAAAUUAGUAUGAUUAAUUAUUUCAAGUAAAGGGCUAGGGUUAGGGUUAGGGUUAGGUUUAGGUUUAGGUUUAGGGUUAGGGUUAGGGUUAGUGUUAGGGUUAGGGUUAGGGUUAGGUAUGUCUCAGCAUUUUUGUCUGGCCUCACUCCUGUUUGUCAGUCUCUGUUCCAUGCUAUAAGGCUUUGCUCUUGCUUUUCUUAUAGGCAAAACAAAGCAGGACAAAUACCCUUUUGCAGUAAAUCCCCACCGGUGGAGACCCCUUCUUGCUUGUGUCAUAAUCAGUGAAUAGGCUUAGAAAUACUGUAACCUAGUUUAAAGCACAUCAUUUAUUUAUGAACUUGAAUUCUUUGAAA